GACUCUCCUGCGUGUACCACAGUAUCAACACCUCACCUACAACCACCCGCCUCUUUGUGUUUACACCUCCGCUAUAGCAGUUUCUACUAGCCUCCUCACAUCGCCAACAUGCGGACUUCACAGCUCCUCGCAACCCUCCUUACCUUCUCAUCCCUUUCCAGCGCCAUCUCGUGGCCCGACGCCUUCGAAAAUGUGAAGGCUAUGGCCGACGUUGAUGGACUGAUCUAUGGCCGGGCAGACAAAUCUUCGGCCUCACCAGAACCCACAGCCUCAGCGACGGGCGACUCGUCAAAGCCAACCGACUCUGCUGCAGCAUCUAGCGGAGAAAGCGCUGCCGCAACAACAGGAGGCAAAGAUGCGAAGUCGACAGGGAAGAGUGAGAGCACGGGGAAAAGCACUGGAAAGGUUACUGGCAAAGUGAGCUCGGCGACCGGCAGCAAAGUCACCAAAUCCGCAAGCAUCAGCGAUUUCGAUCCGCGGUUGCCAGCCGGGGGUAUCCAGUUGGUCACCCCAGCUGCCCUUGCUGGCCCUCAAUUCUACAAAAUUGGCGACUGGGUCACUUUUGCCUGGAACUACACCAGCUUGUCCGUCACACCCACCGCCGUCGACAUCCUCGCGAGUUGCACCGCCAACCAAGGAACAUACACACUUGCUGUCAACCAGUCUACCCAAGAGACCGGCGAAGUGCUAUGGGAUACUGGUGCAUACCAAGCGACUGGCACUCUACCACUCCUGACCGAAACCUACACCCUCAUGAUCUACGACGCAGAUAGUAGCGUCAGCGCGACACCAAAGGCAGGAUAUCUGGCUGUAUACAACCAAUACACCUUUGGAAUGUACACCCCACAACCGUACACUCCAUUUGCUGAUUUCCAAUGCGCAACUUGCAAUGCUGCUCUCUCAAGUAGCGAACGACAAACACUCGGCUUCCUCCUCGGCAUGGGGACGAUUACUGUUCUCUCCUUCGGAUGGUUCGCCGGCAGCUUCGGUCUAUUCUAAACACCUACCACUCUCUUUCGACUAUGUCACCACCUCUCUUAGAACCUACUCGUCUUAUGUCAAGACUUUAUUAUGCAUAAAUCGGCGUAUUCGAUCACUCUGCUUUCACCAAAACACGACA